AUGGCAGCUGUGUCGACGUGCGAUUCAGUGCUCAACAAGGCUUCUAUGUAUAUAUGUCUGUAUAUAUCUCCUCUUGCCAGCAACGGCAAGAGGAGGUGCAAAAACAAAGAGGCGCACCUGCAGCUCGUUCAGCAGCACCGGAGCUGCACUAUAAGAACUGCGGUCGAAGAACGGGAGGAUGCCAGAGUGUUACCGUUGUGGUACCUCUUUGUGUUCUUUCGUCCUUCCUCGUGCUCUACUGUCCUCCUUGGGGCGACUCCUCCUGUGUUCCCCUGGUUCCUCUUGAGUCGACCCCUGCUCCCUGGACGUAAGGCUCCUUCCGACAAGUCCCUGGAUCCUCCCGCUGUUCUGGAUCCCUGGAUUUCCCUGGUGCUGCUCGGACCCCCUCGCUCCGCUCUCCAGCUGCCCGGACACCUGCUGCCCUGCUGCCUCGUGAUUGAUCCGGUUCCCUGGGCUCCCGUUCUAGCCGUCUCCUGCCCUCGCAGAUUAGCUCUGCUGCCUUGUAUAUUCCUGAGUCAAAUAAAACCCUUAAAACGUUACCCGUUGUCACCGAGUGUGUUCUGCAUGUGGGCCCGACAUCUUAAGGCAAACAUGACACCAGGGCUGCUGCUGUGCUUGGUGAAGUUUGCAGACGACACCACUAUAGAGGGUCUCAUCUCCAACAAUGAUGAGUCCCACAACAAGGAGGUCUGCAGGAUCUAG